AUGAUCAGUAUAGCCGAGGUGACAGAGGACCGCUCGAGCUCUGUCUUCUUACCGGUCCGAGGGGUUCCGUCAGCAACCAACCGGGCUGUGCACCGACCAGCCGCCAUGUCAACGUUCCCCUACCUUGCGAGGACAACGCUCAAGUACAAGAGUCCUCAUGCUACCGACCUCUCCUUUGCCAAGGAUGAGACGAUCCGCGUGACCGGUCCCUCUGAUGACGAUGAGGAUUGGCUUUUAGGUGAGACUAUGGACGGAUCGAAGAGCGGUGGCUUCCCUAAGGACUUCAUCGUGCCCAUCGAAGGGGAAGCAGCCUCUGAGCCGGCCUCGACCGAGACCACAGCUGCAGCUCCUUCCCAGGCGGCUGCUGUGGUCCAGGACGACCCCCCUCCGAUGUCAAAGGAAGCGGCCGCUCCUCCCUCCCCCAAGAUCACUCCUGCCUCCCUACCACCCUCCACGACGGCUUCUCCCGCUCCGUCCAUCCCGGCGGCAGCAGCGCCAGCCCCGUCAGCCCCCACUGGCGACGACGAUGAGCCCGCCAAGCGGUCCAUGAAGGACCGUCUCGCCUUCUUUGCUGCCGCGCAGACCAAAGCCGGGCCGCCCCCGCCGAUCAAGCCCAAGCCGGCAGCGGGUGGGCUGACAUGGAGCCAGAGGCAGAAGCUGAGGCAGGAGCAAGAAGCGAAGGAGAGGGAGGAGGGCGGUGGCACACCAGCUGCCGCUCCUGCUGGUCCCGCCGUCACUCCCGCCGCUGCUUCCGCUGCCCCAGCACCGGCUGCGCCCGCUGCGAGCGGGACGGAAGGGGAGGUCAAAGCUGGAGCUGGACUAUCGGCGGCGGACGCUCAGAACUCAAUUGGGAAGGGCGGAUCCCUGAAAGAACGGAUGGCAGCUCUGCGUGGCGCAGGCGCCUUUGGCGCGCCUGAAGCGAAAGCUGCACCCUCACCACCACCAAAAGCCAGUGGGAAAGUAUGGAGCCGUCCUGCUGCUCCUGAGCCUCAGCCUGGGGAUGAGGAAGAGGACGAAGGAGCCGCCCGGCCGAGUGAGGACCAGAAGGGGGAAGCGGAGACGGGGACGGGGGACACAGAGGUCGUCGGUGAGGAAGCUACCGAGGAGACGGAAGAGGAGCAAGAGAAGGCUCGCCGAGCAGCUAUUGCCGCCAGAAUGGCCAAGCUCGGCGCACGAGGACCGAUGGGCAUGGCUGCUCAGCCUCCACCCAAGCCUGCUCGGAAGCCAACUAGCGAUAAUAUUGCCAGCAGCCCUACCGCCGAGAAGAGCGACCCGGUGCCUACUCCAUUUGAGGGGCAAGCUUCAGUCCCGUCCUCACCCGUCGCCGAGAAGAAGGAGCAGGAAGUCGCACCAGGCAGUGCGAUCUCACCGCCUGUAUCGGUCGCGAUGCCUGCUAUUCCCCGUCGGACAGCUGGGCCCCGCCGCGCUGCUCGACCAGCAGCGGCCAAGCCCGACCCGGCGGACGACGAGAAUCGGCUCGAGAAGGUUCAUCCGGAUGGCACAAUCUCGCCCCCUCCUGCGGUCAUGGUGGCGAAUGAGGAGGAGCCAAUGCCUAAAUCUGAGCAGCACAUAGAGCGGGAGAGACAGGAAGAGAAGGCGGGUAAAGGCCCAGAGGGGAUGCAGGGAGCUCAGGCGGCGGGAAUCGCCCUCGCGCCUGUAUCCGGUAAUGUGGAUGCGCAGGACGCAGAGGAGUCCGAGGAGGGGGCCGGAGAGGGCAUCGCUCCGGUCAGUCAGGCGCCGGAAAUGAUCCCCAUCAAUCCGCCAGCACCGUCCCCGUCGGUGAACGAUGUCGAGCCGCCCCAUUCUCCGAGACCAGCGAUGUCACCGUCCCACGCCAUCCCCGGUCUUCCGAAAGACGAGAUUGAGAUGAAGCAUGAGCAUGACGCUCAGAUGGCGGAACAAAAAGAGGAAGAGGAUGAAGAGGAGAAGGAAGCACCGCCUCAGCCUCCGCAACGGGUGGCGAUGGACCGUCCUACCGGGCCCAGACCGCUCCCCUCGGCGCCUGCCGGGGAAGCACCUCCUCCCCGCUCUCUACCACCUCGGCCCACGCAGGCUUCAGUCGCUCCGCCCCAGGAUGAGACUGAGGAUGAGGAGGAGCGAGAGGCAGAUGAAGAGGACGAUGUACCUGCUCCACCACCUCGUCAGCCGAGUAUGCCUCUGCCUCCCCGCCCCGUCCCCGUCCCUGCGGAGUCGGACGAGGAUGAGGAGGGUGAUGAGGCGCCUCCGCCACCUCCGCCCGUACGCCGGACGACCCUGCCCCCUCCCCCAGCUCAAGAGGAGGAGGAGGAGGAACAGGAGGAAGAAGAGGAAGGAGAAGGCAUUCCACCACCCCCACCGCGCAGGGAGCCAAGCGUGCCCGUUCCUAUCCAGAUGCCUCCUCGUGGGAUGUCCUCAGGACCCAAGUCGCCCAUCUUGUCUUCGGCUGAAUCACCCAUCGUCGCUUCUUCGCCGACUCGCUCCAAUGCGCUUGAUGAGGACGGUCCGACCACAGCCGAGCCUGAGACCACAGGCGAGGACGAGGAAGCCGCCCGCCGUCAAGGCAUCGCCGCGCGGAUGGCCAAGCUCGGAGGGAUCAAAUUUGGCGUUCCUCCUCCUGUCCCCAAAGUCAAGCGGACCAUGACCAGCGAUAACGCCGAGCCCUCUUCGCCUGGCGUCAAUGCCCCUCGUCCGGAUAUUCCAAUGGGCGGUACCGAGUCGGGACCGACCUCACCAAUCCGGUCUACGAGGAAAGCGGUGCCCCAGAUGGAAGCUUCCCAGCCGGAGAAGAGUGGAGAAGGGGACGAGACGCCCGAGCAGGAGUCGGAGCGUAGACGGAAGACGCUGGCUAGAUUACGGGCGGGCGGUACGCUGGGGUAUGGGAUGUUUGGGCAGGGGCACGGGGGUGCACAGGCUACAGGGGACGAGCGCGGGGUGGAAGAGGAGGAGGCGCCAGUCGAGGAGGAGCCAGAGACUCCCGCUGCGGUGCAAGACGCAGAGCCGGUCUCACCGGUGACUGCCCGUCCGCCGGUUCCAGCUGGUCGACCUCUACCCUCUGCUCCAACUCCAUCAGCCCAGGAAGACGACGAGGAAGAUGGCGCGCCUCCGCCACCUCCGGCUGGAAGGCCGCCAGUCCCGUCGAAUCGCCCGAUGCCUCCUACACCGGGUCUCGAGGAGGAUGAUGACGAGCUACCACCACCGCCUCCCCCGCCUGCUCGACCUAUGCGGACCGCAACCUCGGACGUCCCGCAGUCUCCAGUCCGAUCCACCUCUACUCGGACCCUAGAUGCCUCGACUCCGGGCCCACCGUCCUUGUCUCAGCCCGUCUUGGGCGGUAUGAGCACAAUGGCCGAGCCUAGCGAGAUGGCUCCACGAUCGCCGGAUACUCCCACCCGGCCCCCUCCUAUCCAGACCAACCCCAGCCAGACCUCUCUUGCGGGACAACAAGGACCCGAGAGCCCCAUCGCUCGGCGGUCCAUGUCGAUCGCAUCGAGGCAGUCGUUCCAGUCGACUCGAUCCCCCUCGUCUCCCGCGGUGGCGCGGCAGGACUCUAUGCGCAGUACGCCUGAACAAGGUGGUCGAUCGAGCUUUGCGGGUAAUCGACCGGGAUUUAACGAGCUGCAGGCGGCGAGUCAGGAUGCGGGGGCGAGGGUGUUGCGCGCUGCUCAGGGGUUGUUCGGGCAGGGGAAGAGGGGGUACAUGGGUGAUGGGAGUCCAGCCGGUUUCGUCAUGGUAGUAUACGAGCAAGCGAAGCUGCCUCGUCCCGAGCAGAGCUGGGGACAGGUGGUGUUCGAGCAGGAGGGCGGCUCGGUCAUGAAGAAGUAUGACGAGCCCCGUGCAGGAGAUAUCGCCGCAUUCUACGAUGCCAAGCUGAAGGGCAAGAAGGGGCUCUCGAGCUAUAACCAGCACGUCGGCUCCGUAGAGGAUCCGUUAGUGGGGGUCAUUGCCGAGUCGGAGCAGAAGAAGCACAAGCUGCGGGUCAUGCAGGUCGAGCGAGGGGUAUCGGAGGAAGUCAGCUAUCGGUGUGAUGAUCUGAAAUCUGGGCGGAUUGUCGUCUUUCGACCUGGGAUGUGA